GUGCCGAUGCUGACUACUAGUUCCAUGCUCUGCGCUGCGACCCACCCACCGCUCCACAGCCAGAGAGCGUGCUCCAGCAGGCAUGGCACACGACUGGAGAGGAAGGAGAGAAGGAGCACGAGAGGAGGGAAGGAAGACACCUUACAUCCACCGCGCUCCGUAAACUCUGUGUUUUCCGCCCAGGUGCCUUUUCGGAUUCGAGCCAUGAUGAUGACCCCUCCCGGCAACCUCACCACCGCACUCAUCUCCCAUCCCAUGCUCCUGGGUAACCUCUCCCACGCCGGCCCCGCCCCCUCCAACGGCACGCAGAACAUCGUGGGCAGCGCCGUCGCCACCGCCAUCGGCGCCAUCAUCCUCACCCUGGUCUUCCUCCUGGGCGUGCCGGGCAACCUCUUCAUCAUCUGGAGCAUCCUGGCGCGCGCCCGCAAGCAGUCGGUCACCACGCUGCUCAUCCUCAACCUGGCGUACGCCGACGGCUCGCUGAUGGCGCUCACGCCCUUCUUCAUCGUGUACCUGGUGCAGCGCACCUGGGUCUUCGGCAACGCCCUGUGCAAGAUCCUCUUCUACCUGUGCCUGGCCAACAUGUACGCCUCCAUCCUGCUCAUCACCCUGAUGAGCCUGCAUCGCGUGGUGGCCAUCGUGUGGCCGCAGCGCGUCCGGGCGUCCGUCGGCCGCCGGGUGGCGCUCUGGGCGCUGGUGGGCGUGUGGGUGCUCGUGAUGGUGGCGUCCGUGCCCGCCGUGGUGUUCCGGAAGCUGAAGUUGUACGACGCGGGCAUGCUGACGGGGAAGGGCCGCAUGGUGUGUGACUCCUUCCACCAACACCAGAGCGAGGUGGUGCUGCAGUACACCAUGGAGCUAGUGCUGGGCUUCAUCAUCCCUUACCCCGUCAUCGUGAUCAGCUACGUCUGCAUCCUGCGCCGCAUCCGCCAGACCAAGUUCCGGCGGCGCGUGCGCAGCGAGAAGCUCAUCCUGGCCAUCGUGGUGACCUUCUGCGUCUUCUGGCUGCCCUACCACUUGGUCAACCUGGUGCAGGUGGCCGCUGCCUUGUGUAAAGACGGCUCUGCGAUGAAACAAAAGCUGGACGCCAUCUGGCAGCCAGCACGCGCCAUCACGUCGGCACUGGCCUUCAUCAGCAGCUGCGCCAACCCGGUGCUCUACGUCUUCGCCGGCAAGUCCUUCAUCCGGCGGGACGGCCUGGCCUUCAUGGCCCGCCUCUUCGAGGGCACGGCCCUGGAUUCUGGCGUGACCCGCAAGAGCCGGCAGCACAGCCGGCAGGACAGCCGCGAGCGGGACGGCAAGGAGUCGGCCAACUGCCUCGGGCUGCAGGGCCGGGACGGGGACGGGGAGGACUCGUCCUACGCCGCCCACUCCAGCUCCAACCAGCUCUCCAACAGCGUCCACAAGAACGGGAAACCGAGCCCGAGGUAA